CCUAACUUCUAACCAAUGGCCUCAAAUUUGAUAAUAAUUGAUUCUGACAGUGAGGAAGACACAGAGCAAAAAACCAAAAGAGGAAGUCCUGAAAGGUUAACGUUUCCAGAAACACAAAAAAAUGAAGAGGAUGAGUGUUACAGGAUACAAACUCCAGAUAUCAGAGGCCAUGCAAUGGAAGAGGAAACUGCUGCAAGUAUUGAUGAAGAAACCAAUCACAGCAGCAUCAAUGAGCACAGGAAAAAUAUAUCAAAAAGAGAUGCUGAUAUUUUAUCAAAACCAAAAGCAGCAAAAUGUAUUGAAAAAGCUUUGGUAGAUUUUGGUAUCGAAGCUUAUGUAGAGGUCCAAGGUGAAUCGUGUCUGUACGCAACAGCAGCAAAUCAGGUUACAGCUGAAUUAGCUGUAGACAUUUCUGUGAACCUUAUUUCUGAAGAAAAAAUACCCAUUCCAUAUGAAAGGAAACUUGAAAGACAAAAACUAAAUGAUUUAGAAAGUGAUUAUCUUGUUGAUAUUGAGGUGCAAAGCAAUGUCAUAUCUGUGAGAGGGAUUGAUGAUGUUUCAACUGUUAGACAGUUAAUUGAAGAAACCCUGAGUGAAAAAAACAACCCUGAAGAUGAAACAUUACAAUAUCAAUUCAACAGAGGCCCUGAACAUGAAACAUUGCAAUGUCAAUUCAACACAGACACUGAACAUCAAACAUUACAAUGUCAAUUCAACAGAGGACAAUCAAGAUGCUACAAGAGGGACCCAAAUUUUAUAUCUAAAGUUACUUCAAUGCAGAGUCAUAAUUUAAAAGUCAGAAUGGAGAUCAACACAAACAAGUGUUUGGUCAUUGAGAUUGAAGGAGAUAAGGCCCACGGGAAACAGUACUUGGAAAAUCUGAAGAGCCUAGAGCAGGAAAUAUGGGAUGGAAAACUGGAUUUAUUCAAAAUAAGUAAAGAUGAGACAGAUGUUGCAAUCAUGUCAAAUGGACUACGGAAGGAAGAAAAGCAGUUCAUUAAAAUGGCAGAAUGCCAGCUUCAGUGUGGAAUUAUAGUAGGAAACAGCAGUAAAAAAGUCCGGCUUCCUUUUCAGUCACGACCAUUUAGACAGACUUUCAAAGAGGAGGAUAUCUUUAGUGACCUUCCAACUUCACAAGCAGAGUCUCGCUCCCGACGUUUUUCUGACUGGGAAAGAGCGACACAUUCAGAGAAAUUAAAUGUGAGGGGCUCUACAAUCCAGGUCCUUAAUGUUGACGUAACACUCUGCAAGGCCAAGUGUUUGGUAAACUUCUUUGAUAGUUCAUCAGGAUUAUCAACCAGAGGAAAGAUUUUUGAACGCUUCAUGAAAGAGGGUGGACAAGAAUUAUCUGAUGAACUUUCUUCAAAUUAUGACUCUUCAGAAAAUAUUAUCAUGACUAAAAGUGGUGGUAAACUUCAAUGUCAGCAUGUUUGUCAUAUAUUGCUCCCAAAAUACAGAGGAAAUCAUUCAUCAAUACAGAAGCUGCAGCAGGCAGUUAGGGAAUGUUUUAGAAUGUGUGCUGAUCUUGAUGUGUACGAUAUAGCAGUGCCAGCGUUAGGUGUAGGACAUUUGUUACAGUAUCCUGAAGGAGAAGUGGCUAAUCUCCUCAUAUCAGAGAGUGUCUCACAAGCAAAAACAGACAGGCAAUGGAAGAUAACAUUUGCCAUAUAUGACAAGAAAAUCUUCUCAGUUUUUAAACAGAACCUUGACCUAAGAAGGCAGGGAAAAGAAGGAACAAACUCUAGCAAACAUGGAGUUCUAAGGAGGGAGUCCUCUGUUCCCAGUCUCCCUGUUCACACAUUAGGUAGAGAAGGGCAAAGAAACUCAACACCAGAUUUCAAAAGGUACAGAGACCAUAAAAGUUUUGAGUGGGAAGGAAGGAAGGGCUGGUCGCGUCCAAAGAGUGCUAACGGAAGUCCACAAGACAUUGCAGGAGACCAGUCCAAAAUGACACCUGUGAUUGAACUACACAUAUAUGCUUUAUCCAGAGACAAAGGGGAAUCAAUACGAAGUGAACUCUCUCAAAUGAUUAAAGAAAGGUUUCUGCAUGAACAUAGCAUUGAGAGAAUAAAUUUUAGUGAAAUGCCAAAACAUAAAGAAAAGAAAAUGUAUGAAAUUGGUCAGAAGUAUGAUGUCUUUGUUUCACUUGAUAAAGGUAAGAAUAGAAUAUCUUUGAAGGGUUCAGUUAAGGGAGUAAGCAAGGCAGGACAAGAAAUAGAAAGUAUCUGUACUUCAGCAUCCCCUCAAGAGCCUUCGGUAAGACGAGAAAAUAAACAUCGCCACGGCACCGAGGAAUACUGGAAAAAACUUGUAGAAGAACCACCUGUACCAACCUACUGGAAACACUUUAAGGAUGGGAAAUCACUUUUUGAUUAUGUCAAAGGACUUUUUACAAGCACAGAAAAACGCUACGAAGUGGAUCCGAAAACUUUCCAUGCAAUUCGCAAACUAGUAGAAAGGACAUUUAACCCAGAAUUAGUCGGACAAGGAGCAGAUGCAAGAAACCUCAACCAUAAAAAAAUUCAUGUUCAAAAAGUAGAACUCAUUGAGAAUAUUGAUUUGUAUCAAGAAUAUAGCCUUAAACGCAGGAAGAUGUUAGCUAAAAGCAUCAACAAAACGAAAGGGGCAAAAUUCCCAACUAAACUGCAAAUGGUUCCUGGAAAGCAAGGAAUACAGAAUGUUGUUGCAAAAGGUGCAAUCGUCACUGAAAAAAUUAUUGAUGAAAGGCUUAAAAAAGACAUCAUAUCAGAACUGAAUGAGGUUUACCUGUUUCACGGCACUAAAAGUCAAUUUGUUGGGAAUAUUGUGUCAAAAGGCGUUGAUCCGAAACAUGGAAGUGAUAGUGGCAUGUUUGGUCGUGGAAUUUACUGUGCUGAAAGUUCUACAAAAGCUGACCAGUAUGCAGAUGAUAAAGAUAAACGAGGACAAAAAGGGAAAAUGUUUCUAAUGCGUCUCCUACUCGGACAUAUGUUUCUAACAGAGAGAGAUAAGAAAUAUAAACAGCCACCAUGCUAUAAUUGUUACAAGGAUGACUGCGCAGAAGCCAACCAUGUACGAUUCGAUUCUGUGGUAGGAGUUAAGCAACAGAGUGGGGGACUUUUCCGAGAGUUUGUGGUCUAUGAUAAAGAUCAGUGCUACCCUGAAUACUUAAUCACUUACACCAGACUCUGAUCCUUAUCAAAACGUAUAACCAGUACACAGCUAGUAUACUGUGGUUUUUCCUUACCAGUGUAUGUGUCUUUAGUCUAUAACAUUAUACUCACUAGUGCAUCAGUAUCAAAUACUGCAAUACAUGUAAUAAUAAUAACAGGUUGUACAAAUUAUGAUUCAAUCAUUGUUAUGAAGUAUACAUUUAGAUUAAAUUAUGAUAACAAUGUUACUCCUGACACUGGUUAUAUUAAGGAUUUUUUGAGACAUGUAUUUUAGAUUUCUAAUUUUGUAGCUAAGUCACAAUUGCAAAGAAAACUGGGGAGUUAUUGUGCUUCUUACUGAUCAUGAAUUAACUUACUUACCGUUCUUAUCUUCUCUGCGCCCCGGAGGACACAUGAUGUAGUUCAACAAAAGACUCCAUUUACGAUGGUCACUGGCACCAACCUGGGCUUCUCUCCCACUGUUCCACCCCAGUUCUUCUCUUUCUCUCUCUACAGUGUUCUUUGACUUUCCUUGCUCUCUGUUUACUCCCAGAGCCCAUGUUAAAGCAGGAACUGGUGUUAAGUUUGUCUAUAUAAUUCAAAUUGGAAUAUUCAAUGAAAGUAUAC